AUGGCUAAUGACACUCCGUCGUCACUAUUCCCAAACCGACCCAUUCGGCCUUUGCCUAGGCGGCGGCUAAAAGAGCGGCUGUCUCCCGAGGUUGCGGACUCGAUCCAGUAUCCUCCCCUCCCGCAGACCUCGACGUCGUUGUUUUCGUACCCCUACCCUUUGGCCGACGAGCAGCAUGAUGCCGGCUCGGCGUCUGGGCGUGAUUCGGGGUCAUACCUCGAGCCGCGGCAGCCGCGCAUGAAUGGGGCUGGAAACCAGUAUAAAGGAGACGAUGUUACGCCCAGAGGGGCCGCUGAGGCUGCUCCACAACAUGCGAGCCUUGUCGCCCGACCAAAAACAGAGCAUGGACGAUACGUCGACUUCCUUCCGCUCCCCUCGGCGGCGUCCUCGGCUGACGGAUACGAUCCUUUCGAGAACACUAACAACAAGAAACGGAAGAUCCCGACUGCCGGGGACUCUGCGCUGGCUCACGCUAUUAGCGAUUCCGCCGGCGCAACCGGUUCCCUUGCAAACGGGAACAAGUCGGCAGAGGGCCAAGGCGACGAACUGACUCCAACUCCAACACCUUACUACGGUUCUGGAAACAAUCAGGCGUCAAGUGUCCACAAUGUUCCCGGGCCGGGCAGGGGAAGAUUCGGGCGGCCUAGGAGCGGGAAAAACCCACUGCGGCCCUUGUACGACCCAACUACCAGCUGGGCUUCGAGGGCCAACCGGUUACGCUCGGGUACAGUGCUUCAUGUAACAAGUGAGAGCACCGGCAUCAUCUCGAAUGCCAUCGCCAAUGCGGAAAAGCUUCCGCCUCACCAAGGUCAGGAGAAUACCAGUCUCCUGCACCAGUCUUCGACCAAGCGCAGUCCGGCCUCGACCCAGUUCACCUUCACCUGUGACUCCCAGGUCCCUGGCUCUCUAGCUUGGCCUGGCUCAGACCGGAGGACGGGCAUAUCGCAAAACCAGACGGCGGCAGCGAGUCAGGGCAAGGAAAAUUGGGAUCACGCCUCGCAACCGACGCAGACAGGGCAUCCUGCUCCUGCGGUUCCUCCGGCCAUGGACGCCGGAACGAAAGAAGCUCCAUCGAAAGGUGGACUUGGGCCCCAAAACCAGCAUCGUGCGCCCCAGCAGAAGACAUCCCGUCGAAGCGCUGCCAAAGAGUACGCGGCUGCUGCUAAGGCGCGUCGUCGGGAAACUCAGCUGUACAACAAGCGCCACCCGCCUAAACCUGAAGAUGUUUGGAUUUGCCAUUUUUGCGAAUAUGAGUGGAUCUUUGGACACCCGCCCCAAGCUCUGGUUCGGGCGUACGAGAUUAAGGAGCGAAAGCAGCGGCAGCUGGAGGAACAGCGGAGAGCUCAGUGGGAGAGAAUGAAGAAGGGAAAGCACAAGGGCAAGAAGAAUAGCAAACUUCCGGCCAAGAACAGCAACACAGCACACGACGGACACCAUCAUGUUGACGACCGUGGAGUCUCGGGCGACCGCUACGACGACGGGGCGCAAGGGGACGAGUACUACGAUGACGAGUAUUAUGAGGACGAGGAGUACGACGCCGAAGAAGAUGUACCCCCUGAGCGAGGUCCCGGAGGCGACGGCCGACACGGUCACGUUCCGGCCCAUCUAGACGUUCACUCGGGCAUCCACGAUGGAGGAGGGACGUAG